CCGGUGCGGUGUGCGCCGCGUCCCGGAGCGGCGGAGCGGGGGGUGCUGCUGCUGCUGCUGCUGCGCCUCCGGAUAAAACACAAACUAGCCAAAAAAAAACCCCUUACUUUUUAACUUUUUAUUUUGUGGGUAUUCCUCCCCCUCUCCAACCUCCUCCCGUAAAGCGGCGGGGCGGGAAGGGAGCUUCUCCGGGCUGCACAAGCAAAGCAUGGCGGAGGCUGGCGAUGAGAACCGUCCUCCCCGCAGCAUCCAGCGCCUCUGACAAGCGCGGAGCCAGAGGGGGUGGGGGUGGGAAAGGGCGGGAGGGGGGAGAGCAUGGGAGGGAGGGAGGGGGCGGCCAGUCCUUCCCCCUGCACUUGUCAGAUGCAGAUGGGACUGGCAAAGUUUGUUUGAAUAAAAAAAAAGCCAAAAAAAAAAAAAAAAAAGCCAGGAAAAAAAAAAAGGGGGAAGAGCAGGAGGAGGGAGAGGGAAAAAAAAAAAAAAAGAUCCUAGAAAUCCAAAAAGGCUCAUCUGGGAAGGAGAGAGAGGAGAGCGAGAGGAAGCGGGAUGCAACUCAACCUGACGCUGAUCUGCUUCGUCUUCGGGGGGUUCCUGCCCGACGCCGCGGCCCGGCGGGAGCAGAUGGACACGGGGCAGUGCGACCUGCCCCGCUCGCAAGGAGAGCUCAACUCCUUCCUCUGGACCAUCCGCCGUGACCCCCCUGCCUAUCUCUUCGGCACCAUCCACGUGCCCUACACGCGAGUGUGGGACUUCAUCCCCGACAACUCCAAGGCCGCUUUCCACGCCAGCUCCAGCGUCUACUUUGAGCUGGACCUCACUGACCCUUACACCAUCUCGGGGCUGGCCAGCUGCCAGAUGCUGCCCCAUGGGGAGAACCUGCAGGAUGUGCUGCCCCGGGAGCUGUACCGCCGCCUCAAACGCCACCUGGACUACAUCAAGCUGAUGCUGCCUCACUGGAUGACCCCGGACCAGCGGGGCAAAGGGCUCUAUGCUGACUACCUCUUCAACGCCAUCGCCGGCAACUGGGAGCGCAAGAGGCCUGUGUGGGUGAUGCUCAUGGUGAACUCCUUGACGGAGACGGACAUUCGCUCCCGAGGGGUGCCGGUGCUCGAUCUUUACCUCGCCCAGGAGGCCGAGAGGAUGAAGAAGACGACGGGAGCGGUGGAGAGGGUGGAGGAGCAAUGUCACCCACUGAAUGGGCUCAACUUCUCCCAGGUGCUGUUUGCUCUAAACCAAACCCUGCUACAACAUGAAAGCCUCCGAGCAGGUAGUUUGCAGGCCCCGUAUACCACCGAAGAUCUCAUCAAGCAUUAUAACUGUGGAGACCUGAAUGCUGUCAUAUUCAACCAUGACACUUCUCAGGUCCCUAACUUCAUCAACACAACACUGCCACCCCACGAGCAGGUGACGGCUCAGGAGAUAGAUAGCUACUUCAGGCAGGAGCUCAUCUACAAGAGGAAUGAGAGGAUGGGGAAGAGAGUGAUGGCGCUUUUAAGGGAGAAUACAGAUAAGAGCUUCUUCUUUGCCUUUGGAGCAGGUCACUUCCUCGGUAACAACACUGUGAUUGAUGUACUGAGACAAGCAGGAUUUGAAGUGGAGCACACCCCUCCUGGACAACCAAUUGGAAAUUCCAGGAUGACAAAGACAAGCCCAGCCUUGGAAGGGUCCUCAGCAACAGCCCUGCCUGCUGUCCAGCUAUCUGAGCAGGUCCCACUGACAUCUCCCUCCUUGAAGCCACUGCACAUGGAUGAAGACGACAGCCUGUCUCCUCACCUCCUGUUGCCAGAUAGCAUCAGCCAGCUGGAAGAGUUUGGCAGGCAGAAGAAAUGGCACAAGAAGCAGCACAAACACCAUCGCCAGAGGCAGUUCAAUGACCUCUGGGUUCGGAUAGAAGACAGCACCACCACGUUGCCUUCCUAUAUCAGGAUAACCAAUGGCUACAUCACAGUCAAACCUCCCAUUUGGAUUUCAAACCAGCUGGAUCAGAGACCGCGUUCAGAUCGCCCGUCCCAGCCUCAGCCUACAAGCUCAGCUUCAGCCAGCCUUUUAUGGCCAUCAGUAACUUCUCUUCUCUGCGUGGCCAUAGCUUCUUUACUCCUGAAUCUACUGCAGCCUUCCUGACGACAUUAGUAUUACGUGCAAUCCCUUGGAAUAGAGAAGAGAGAUAAUUUAUGAACGAAUUGGAGGUUAAGACAACAGUUACAAUCUGGACUGUCUCAGUGACUCAGUAGUGCCUUCUAGCUGAUUUUGUUUCUUUGCCCAGAUACAUUUUGAAACUCUAAAGCUUUAUUGUAACACUGACUUACAUCUUCUUUUUGUAGAAGGAUCUUUAUUUCCCAUAGUGCUAUGGGGUUUUGUAAAAUAUACAUGUUCAUAUAAAGAAAAAAAAAAGAAAAAGAAAAAAUGUAUUUAUUCAACUGGUAAACUUAUUUUUCUUGUUGUAUAUGUUAAUAACAUCCCUAUUAAUCAGUAGCGGUGGUGAAACACAUAAAUUAAUAUUUUCUAUAUUUGUUUUCUGACAACUCUGCAAAUGUCUGAACUGACACCAAAUGAAUGCCUUCUUUCUUUCCUUAACCAUUACCUUUUACAGCAGCUGUCCAAUAAGUACAUUUCUGCUAAACUUCUUCAUUUUACUUUCUUUUAUCUCAUUAGCAUAGCUUACAGUAAAUACAGCAGGUCCUGCUCUGCGUGGCCUAUGCCCAUUAGAAAAAUAGGUGCAUUCCUAACUCGUUAGCUGCUACAACCUAAAGUACCAGUUGUUUUUUUAUGACUUAGUAAGUCAUUAGUCAAGAUAACCCUGUAAGUUCCACUCUUAUCCUUAACUAAACUAUUUGACUUCUUUGGAAAUUACCAAUUUCCCUCUUUGCCCUGGGAUUAAUUCAUUAGCUAACACAAAUUAAGACACCUUUUUUCUCAAUAAAAAAUUGCUUUUGAAGUC